AUGGCUAAUUUUGAUGAGUUGGCAAAUUUAAUUGCAAUUCAAAAUGCACAACACCAGCAAUAUUUUCAAAGAAAUCCAAGAAUUCGCAAUAAUAAGAUUAUUAAUUCUUUUGAACUUUCGGACUCGGCAUUUAUAAAAAAUUACAGACUAACUAAGAAUUUGACUAACAUUUUGAUACGACAAUUAUGUCCGUAUCUAAAGAUAAAAAAAAGAUCAUCUGAUUUAGACGCAUCAACAAAGGUUUUGGUAGCUCUUAAUUUUUUUGCCACUGGUAGCUACCAGACCCCAGUUGGUAAUAGCCGAUUUACUUCGAUAUCUCAGAGUUCUGUAUCUCGAUGUAUCGAAGAAGUUACUACUGCAUUAAACGAGGAUGAUAUUUUUGGUUCUUGGGUAAAAUUUCCUGGUAAUAUAAGGGAACUUAGGAAAGUCCGCAAUGAAUUUUAUGAAACAACUGGUUUUCAAGGUUGUGUUGGAUGCAUUGACUGCACACAUGUGGCUAUUGUUCCACCUAUUAAAGAUCCAUUUAAUGCAAAUCCUGAAUAUAUUUAUAUUAAUCGAAAAGGAUACCAUUCAAUAAAUGUCCAAUUAAUAUGUGAUGCAAAGCUCAGAAUUUUAAACGUUAAUGCACUUUUUCCUGGGUCUACAAAUGAUUCAUUUAUAUGGAACAGUUGUGAUGUACUUCCUGUAGUAGAGCAACUUUAUACAAAUGGUCAACAAGGAUUUUUUCUUUUAGGUGAUUCUGGAUAUGCAUUACGCCCUUGGUUAUUAACACCUUUUAAUAAUCCAGUUACUGAUGUUGAGCAGUACUAUAAUAAAAUGCAAAUGUCAACUCGAAGUAUCAUAGAAAGAUGCAACGGGGUUCUUAAAAUGAGAUUUAGAUGUCUUCUUAAACAUAGAUUUCUUCAUUAUCACCCAGAAAAAUGCACUAAAAUUAUAAAUGCUUGCACAGUAUUACAUAAUAUAUGUAUAACAAACAAUGUACCAUUGCCAGUAGAAGAAGGGCCAAUAGACAUUGAUAUGGGUAUAAUUCAACAACAAGGUGGUCCAAUUAUUGAUCAGCGUUUUGCAGGCAAUGAUUUGGUCCAAGGUAGACAAGUACGUUCAAUAGUUGCAAAUUAUUUAAAAAGAAACAGAUUGCAUUUAUAA